AGCAACAAGUCACUAAGCAAUCAUCAAACAUUCAGCUGCACCACAAAUAGAGGCUAGCCCUACUUACCAGGAGCAAUAACUUCCCAAACCUGACUAAUCUGCAGUUUGAAGCACGCUGCGGGUUGGAUGUAAGCCAGAGUUUGAAUGGCAGCUGUUUCACGUGCAGACGCGCCGCAAGGAUGAUCUGGACAGGGUAAUGGGUCGUCCCGCCGGAGAAAAGCGUACAACUAAUCUGCCACAGGAAAAGUAGAGAUGCCACUGUUAUUUAUGGACAGCGGCUGUGAGCCCCAAAACCUAGAUUCUCUCUCAGCCGAUGAGUGCUCCAGCAACACCUCUGGACUGGAGAGGGAAGGAGAGGAGCAACAGAUGGGACCCAGAGUGUCAAAAAGGCGAGAGAAGAACAGAGAUGCAGCGAGGAAGAGCCGUAAAAAACAAACUGAAAGAGCAGAUGAGCUUCAUCAGGAGCUCCAGUGUCUGGAGCAAUCAAACUCGACUUUGCAGAAGGAGAUUGCUGCAUUAAAAAAAGACCUACAGUUCUAUGAGACAGCUUUGGAGCGGCAUAAACCUUACUGCCGCCUCAGAUCCUCUGCAUCCAGGUCAUCCACCUGCCCCUCUGUGUCCUCCUUAGCCAAACAUCAAGGCAGUUCCAGCCCUCCCCGGGCUUCAAACUCCACGCCCACUUCACGAGCUAAAUCUGUAUCCCCCAGUAUUGCUUCUCAAAUUCUUAACUGCACCAAAGAGACUAAUCUCUCGCCUUCAACUUCUGCUUUGAUGACCACAACAGUAGUCUCAUCUGCUGCCUCAUCAGCUAAAGUCUCUUCCUCUUCCGCAUCCUCUUCCUCUAGUCCAUCCACUUUCCCUUACUCAGUCUCUUUCUCCUCACACACAGCUCCUCAUUCUUUGUUCAGUCAACUACCUCUUACUACAUCAAGGUCAACGAAUGUCCCUCCCUCCUGUGCCAGCCUUGUUUCAAACCCUGCUCCCUCUGCAGAUGCUAAGCACCAGCCAGAAAAAAUCCUCCAAAAUAAAACCUCCUCAUUGUCUCAAAGUUCUUAUUUCCCCGGGAAUGCUUUUUCAUCUGCUUCACAUAACCUGCAGGCCUCUCUCUCGCCUUUAGAAGCAGAAAACACAAGUGUGACAGAACAAUGUCCUGCCAUGAAUUCGCCUCAGCUUCAUCCAUAUCAGCUCAGUGGAAAUCCAAACAAUUCAAGGCCCCCAUGUGCACUUUUACCAUCACCUCUUCCAGAUCCUGCUUCUCAAACUCUCUCCACUUUACCCCAUGUGUGCUUGGAGCCACCCCCCACUCUGCCUUUAUCUCUGAGGCAGAGCUAUAAUCAACAAGUUUCAACCAGUUCUGUAUCAAUCCUCUCCUUGCUCACUGUCCCCAGCCCACUUAAUGUCACUCAAUCUACCUCCAGCAGUACGGACGAACCUCUCACUCAGCCUCUUCCAUCACUGCCUCCUCCAUCACCACAGCUGGAUCCCUUUAAAGACCUUUCUCUGUCUGAGUUCCUGGAAAGAAAUGAUUGGAUCCUGAAUGGGAUUAGUGAUGAGUAACACUACACAGAAGUAAUUUAAUUUAUGGAAAGUUGAAGUCUUCACACUCAUACAAUCAAGUUGUAGCAAAUCAAGCUAAACCAUGAUUUUUUUUUCAAUUACAUUACUAUCAAAGGGCAAGGAUGUGUAAAUAUAUAUGAACCCCUUAUAUAGGUUCAAACUAAUGUCAAGGACUCUGCUUUUUUUCAGCCAUUGAGAAUAGUAUACAUGUUUUUUGAGACAGGUACAAGAUACAAAAGAGUCAAAACUGAUGUUGCAGAAAAGAAAAUAGUUUUUUUUAAUUCUCUGUUAUGUCAAAAUACCUACUGAAUCCUCAUAUUGCAGCCAAUCACUGUUCUCCCUAAUACAUAUCAAUAUAAGUUUCACAUUUUGGAUAUUCAAUAGUUUUUGUUAUAUAUAUCAAUUAUAUGAAGUGAUCACUGUGACUUUGCCAGGGUUUUCUCAAGUUGUGACAAAGCUCCUUUAGGUUCAUAGAUGGUGUGCAUCUGGUCUUGCUGGCUGGAAAAACUACCCUGAACUGGUCUUUAUGUCAGAAUCUGUGAGAAACAACUUCUCUGUGCCUUGCUGAGCUUUUAGGAACUGCUGCUAAAAAUAUUUAACUUUCACAGUUACCAAAAGCUCAGUCAUAUAAUCAAGCUUUUUGUGAGUCAGUAGUUCACCAGUAAAUGAAAUAUAAACCAAUUUCUCAGUAAAAUCUAGCACACAAAUUUCCACAAAACAGUGCCAUCAUUUUCUUGGUAAAAAGUUGUGUCUUAUUUUGUUUCAAUGACACUGCAAGUCUGACUCAACAAGCAACGGCUUUGCCUUUGGGUGGAGCUUCCUUUCUUGCAUCUUCAUGGAAAUGUAAUUAAGAAUAAUUUACAUCUAGAGCUGCAAUGUAAGAACAAGACUGUGCCAAAGUGAACUUCCCAGCCUGCUUUAGCUGCAUGCAUGCUGUGUUUCAACCUGACGAAAUGGCUUGUUUUUUUUACACACACAGCCAAGAACACAAUCCCAUAUUUUCCACUGCUACUGAUGUUUAUUUAUAGCUAGUGCAGGAGGCAGCUAAGGGUGGUGGUAAACAUGUUCUGGUUAUAUUACAGUGUAUGCAGCAGGGUUGUGUUUCUGUGCUCUCAUUUGACAUGUAAUGACCAGUGCAUCAUGCAAACCCACUUUAGAUGGAUCACAGGGAAAGUAGAAAGUAUUAUCUGGCAACAUGCUCUUUAAAAAUAAUAAUAAUGAUAAUAAAAUAACAUACACAUUAGCUCAUAAGUGUUGCUCCUUUAUCUGUCAAAAGCUGAAUCUACUUUAUUUGUGCUUACUUUAAUCAUACUUCUGUGAUUUAUAUUUUAUUACUUGUAUUCCUCGUAAAUGUUCUCAAACCUGCAGAAGCCCCAAAACUUCCAGACUCAAUACACCUCUUUGUAUUUGUUUUUACAAUGUGAUCAGAACCAGCCAAAUGAUUUUACAAAAGUAGACAGGUUUUAGGAUCAGUUUGUAAUAUUGUUGUAGAAUGUGAUUUUAAUACUCAAUCUGGAAUUGUUUUUCCAUGGUGUUAAUAUAAAAAGGUGAAGAGGUUAAUGAUGACAGCUUCAAAUCUCACGGCCUGCUAACAUCCAUCUAUCCUAGGAGUCUAAACUCAUAAUUUAAUAAAAGAUGUGCUACAUAAAUCACUUAUUAUUGUCAUUUUCAGCAAGUUGAGUAAGAAGCCAAAGAGAAUGUUCUAUUAGAUUAAUUAUUGCUUUAAUAAAAUGAAUUGUUUCCAUAUAAAUAUAGUAUUUUUUAGGAAAUGUUUGCUUUAAAAUGACAAGCUUGGGUUUCUGGGUGAUGAUUUCUAUAAAUUAUUUUGUUUUAUUUGUGUAUAAGAAUUAUGUGAGAUGCAUAAAUUCCAUAUAAUAGCUUAUGAUUCAAAGUGAGGUUUGAAGGGGGAAAGUUUAAGUUAUGACUGUUUAAGUUUUUAUAUUUAUUCUCUAACGCUGGUUAAAAUAAAAUGGAAAAUAAAAUGGUUUUGGUCAGCUCACAAUUUGCAUAUUUUUCUUUUAUUAUUCUAUGCUACAGUAAAAAAAAAAAAGUCAGUAUGCAGUUCAAUCAGGUUGUGGUCUAAAUGUUGAGUUAU